AUGAAGAUCAAGUGCGGUCAGUGCGGAGAGGUGUUCGCGGACAUCGCGCGCGCGAAAUCGCACGGCGCGACGACCGGACACGACAGUUUCGAAGCCGCGAACGAUGACGAUGCGACCGCGACCGCGACGGCACACGCGACGAACGCGACGCCCGUCGACGGUGACGCCGCGCCGGACGCGGUGAAAGAAGACGCGACGACGCGCGAUGAGGCGUCGACGCUGAAAGAACCGAGCGUGCGCGAGGAUUUAUUGCAAGAAUUGACGGAAUUGAUGGGAUUCGGGAGAAACAAAGCCGUGCGCGCGUUGUACUACUCGAAGGCGGAUUCCGCGGAACGGGCGAUCGAUUGGAUAGAGCGACACGAAGACGAUGCGGACGUGAACGAACCGUUGUUGGUGGAAGAUGAAGGCUUGAAGGCGCGAGAGGUGAAGACGGCGGAGCGGUUGUUGGAGGAGAAGGAGAUGGAACGACUGCGAGAGCAAGAACGGAUCCGGAGCGGGAAAGAAUUGUUGGAGGCGAAGAAGUUGGAAGAUGAUCUCAGUUUGAAGCGAAAUGCCGAGCAGAGGGCGGCGGAGAAGGCGGAGAUGGAUCGAGCGCGCGCCGCGAUUCGCGUGAAAAUCGACGAAGACAGACGAGAGCGUCGACGAAAGCUCGGAUUGCCGGAGGAGUUAUCGCCCGAGGAGAUGGAGGAGGAGCGUCAACGCGAGGAGGCGCGUGCGCAGGCGGCGCAAGAGGAGAUAGCUCGCAAGGCUGCGGCGGGGAUGUACGUCAAACCGGUUUCGAAAUUGGAAAAUUUACGCAAGCACUUGGUGGACAUUAAAAAGGCGUUCGCCGAAGACGCCGACGCCGUGACGACGUGCUUUAAGACGCUGUUGACGUACCUCGGCAACAUCGCCCGCGAUCCGAGCGAAGAAAAGUAUCGCUCUAUCAAGCUCUCCAACGCCGCGUUUCAAAAGCGCGUCGCCGCCGUGGGGGGCGAAAUCUAUCUCUUGGAAUUUGGUUUCGUCGAAACUGUCGACGACGCCGGAGAAAAGCGUCUCGUGUUACCGCGCGACGGCGCCGACCCGGUGUUAUUGCGCACCGCGGGCGAGGAGCUUCACGGCGCGAUUGAGAAUCCAUUCUUUGGCGCGCUUUAG